AUGAAACUCCCUACGGCGUGCACCAGGUGCAGAAGGCGGCGCAAAAAGUGCUUCCGGACGAAGCCUGAAGGUCCCUGUGAUGCCUGUGCCAAGAAGCAGAAUCAUCAGUGUUCGCUCGUCCAGCCACGACCUGUCUCUCCCCAGCCACAGCGUUUCUCGGUCGAGGAUCUAGAUCCAAGGGCUUGUCUCUCGCAUGACCUCAUUGAAGAACUUGUGGAGAAGUAUAUUUACUAUAUACUUGACAGGCCUCAUACGCUCUUCCAUCUUCCCACGUUGCGGACUGCAGUGAGGGAGGAUACGUUGGGAGAUGCCUUGCUCUCCGCGAUACUGGCGUUUGGCUGCCGAUUCCAUGAUAAACCUGAGAUAGCAUCCCUUGGACCUGCUUUUAUGGAAAAGUCUAAAUACUUACUGAAGCUGGAUAUGGAGAACAUUUGUCUGGAGAAUAUCCAGACCUGCGUGCUGCUCGCAAAUUUGUCAUCUUCGUCGAAGAAUCCAGAAUCUGAGGCUCUGUUUGUUACCCUUGGCAUUCGUAUGGCUGAGAUUCUUGGCUUGGAUCGUCCGGACCUGGAGGACUCUGAGAUUCUACGUGAAACAAAAUGCAGGGUAUGGUGGACACUAUUCAUGGCUGACCGUUGGAGUUCAGUCGGCCGCAACCUCCGUCGCGCGAUGCCAGACUUUAGUCAGGAGACUCCCCUACCAAUGGAUGAAGACUACUUUCACCACCUGGAUGUUGACCAAGGUAGUGGUGAGAGAUCGCCUACCCGCCCUCGUACCCUUGGGCUCUGGGCAUACAACAUCAUGCUUGCAAAACAGCUCGGGCCCAUCCGGGACUUAAAUAAGCAGUGGAAUCAGGAGGGCAUCUCCGAAGAUUACGUGAUGCAGCGCGUCGCAGAUCUAGCAGAAGGCCUACAACUCUGGGAAGCGGGUCUCCCCGAGGAGAAGAAGGCGACAGAGGAGAACCUUCGUGCACACAGUGCUAAGAAACUUGGGGGGCCGUUCCUCGCCAUACAUACAGGCUACCACCAACAUUUCGUGCUCCUACUGUUCCGGUUCCUGGACCUCAACCGGGCGCAGACCCCCAAGACGAUAGAGUACGCCGAGCUCUGCAAGUAUCACGCAAGGUCGAUUAGCGAGCUGGUUAAACUGUCCCGCCAAGUUCCGAACUGCGCGAUGGUCUUUGGAGGUGUGGGCUACAUGACAGUUGCCUCCUCAGCGGUACUCCUGCACACGCUCAUUUUCGGGCAGCAGGAUGACACGGCUGAUAUCCGAGCCAAGCUGGAGUCCAAUUACGAGACCAUCUAUGCGCUGCAAAAAUACUGGCCUUCGAUUCAGAACUCGGUAAAACGACUCGAAUUGUUCCAAAAGACUUGUACGAGGCCUGCCGCGAUGCAAACCUACAAGUUUGACAAGUGGAUGGUGAGGUUUUUGGUGGAACACCACUUGCCGCUGGAUGAGCCUGAAGGGGAUCUAUCGCCUGGUGCGGUUUAA